AUGAGUUCCCCUGUGUCUGUGUACCGUGACAUUUACACCGAGGACCAGUUUAAGAAGCUGUACGGCGCCUCGGAGGAGGCGAAGGGCUCCGAGAAGCUUCGGGAGAGGGUUUUAAAGAACUGCAGGUGCUCUAAAGAUGCGUGCGUGAAAGCGCUGAGAGAAAGAAUCCCCAUUCUGAACUGGUUGCCGAGGUACAAACUGAAGCAGUGGAUACUGGGAGACGCUGUCGCUGGUUUUACUGUGGGUAUAGUUCAUAUCCCUCAGGGUAUGGCGUUUGCCCUUCUGACGUCAGUGGCCCCAAUCUAUGGACUUUACACAUCCUUCUUCCCAGUCCUCCUGUACGUUCUGUUCGGCACUGGACGACACGUCUCCACAGGUACCUUUGCUGUGGUGAGUUUGAUGACUGGCUCAGUGGUUGAACGCAUGGUCCCCAGACCUGUGGAUCUGAAUUCAACAAGCCCAGAGGCUGCAGAGUUAGAGGCACAGAAGAUAGGCGUGGCGGCGGCUGUAGCGUUUCUCUCGGGGGUUAUUAUGGUGUGCAUGUUCGCUCUGCAGCUCGGCUUCCUGUCCACCUACCUCUCCGAGCCCAUUGUGAAGGCCUUCACGAGCGCCGCUGCCUUCCACGUCACCAUCUCCCAGCUGCAGAACAUGCUGGGGCUGAGGCUGUCCAGAUACACUGGGCCCUUCACCAUCUUCAAGACGCUGGCGUCUGUGUUUGAAGCUCUGCCCAUGACUAAUAUGGCAGAGCUGGUUAUCUCGAUGGCCUGUCUGUGUGUCCUGAUUCCCGUGAAGGAGAUCAACACUCGCUUCCGGCACAAGCUGAGGACACCUAUCCCUGUGGAAAUACUGAUGGUUAUCGUUGCAACCGGGAUUGCCUAUGCCUGCUCUUUGGAUUCAGUUUAUGAAAUUCAGAUUGUUGGACACAUUCCUGCCGGAUUCCCUAGCCCACGGCUCCCUGCUCUGGAGACGCUGCCGAGCGUGGCUGGAGACACGCUGGCCAUCACCUUCGUGGGCUACGCCGUGUCCGUGUCACUAGCCAUGAUCUACGCAGACAAGCAUGGCUACACCAUCCACCCCAACCAGGAGUUGCUGGCUCACGGGAUCUCGAACACAGUGUCCUCUCUGUUCAGCUGCUUCCCCAGCUCCGCCACCCUCGCCACCACCAACAUCCUGGAGAGUGCUGGCGGCGCCACACAGCUGUCGGGACUUUUCACCAGCCUGGUUGUACUGGUCGUGCUGCUGCUAGUUGGUCCACUCUUUUACUUCUUACCAAAGGCUGUGCUGGCUUGUAUCAAUGUAACCAGUCUACGGCAGAUGUUUCUGCAAUUCCAGGACCUGCCAGAACUCUGGAGAAUCAGCAAGAUUGACUUUAUGGUGUGGCUAGUGACCUGGCUGUCUGUGGUAAUCCUGAAUGUGGACCUGGGUCUGGCUGUUGGGGUCGUGUUCUCCAUGAUGACUGUAAUCUGUCGCACCCAGAGGGCUGGCUGCUCUGUGCUGGGAAGAGCAUCCAAUACAGAAAUCUACAGACCCAUCAAGAAAAACAGCAAGUGCUAUGAAAUCCCUGGUGUGAAGAUCCUGGCCUACAACGGGCCCAUUUACUACGGCAACCGCAGUUUCUUCCGUGAGGCGAUGACCAAUCUACUGGGGCUGACCCCAGAGAGGAUACGAAGGAGAGAGAAGAUCCUGAAAGCGCUGGAGAAGAAGGAGAGCUUGAGCAUCCCCACUGUGGAAAGCGGAGUUGCAAAUGCUUCAUUUUCAUCAGAAAAUGAGCUCUUUAAAUCAGAUAUCGUAGACGGAGAGGUCCAGGCAGUACUGAUCGAUUGCAGCAGCGUCAUCUUCAUCGACGUUGCAGGAGCCAGACUCUUCAUACAGAUGUGUAUUGAAUGUCAGAAAGCUGGAGUCAGAAUAUACCUAGCGAUGUGUAAUGGCACUUGGAUCGCUCUGUUUAAUUUUCCAAUAGAGAGUGUUUUGAAGAUCCUCACCAAUAGUGGGCUGAUGGACCACAUGAAUCCCCAGCACCUCUUCGUCACCGUGCAUGACGCUGUGGUCUAUAUCCAACAGCUCAAGGAGAACUCGUCUGAGAAGACAGCAACGAUUUGGGUGUGAGAUCCUGAGCUGGGCCUGUUUUGCAGUUUGAAGUGCUGGAGUAACAACUCUAGGAAAGUGUAGAUAAAGAGACAGUGUGUUUAUCUGUGAAGUACAGGAGAGAACGCAAGCCCCGAGAACAGUGCACCACUGCAGAGUCCUUCGGACCUGGGGCUAGCAGCCACACGGCCAGCUAGCCCAACCAAAAUGACCUUCGAUGGCAAUGCAACGGUUACGUACCAGAGGCAAUGGCAUGAUCCAUUGCUGGAAUGGUGCUACUGUCAGUGGGAUGGAUGCUAGCUCAAUGUAGCAUUUUUGUUAAUAAUGUAUUUUGAGUGGCACAAAUAAGGGAAUUAUUUGACAUGCAGUUAAACAUUUAUUGCACGUCAGUUCUAUGUUAAUACAUAAGCAUGCAAUAUGGUGUUUGUGUCCAUCCAUCAUUGCAAGUCAUCAUAUUCUAGAUGUAUGUUUAUUAAGUCUUAAAAGGACGUUUUGGAAUAAUGUUGUUAUUUUGUCAUUUACAUACGGUUACAUUUCCCCAUUUCAUUCCUGUUUACCAACAGGAAAAUUCAAUAACUGAAGUUGCUUUUCAGUUUAAUAUUUAUUUGUGCUGCUCAUUAGAAAGCAUUACCUUUAUAUAUAGAAACUGGACUUCAAUUAUUUGCACCUAAUGCGAUGUUCAACAUUCCUUUGUGUUGGUUUUUAUAUGCCCCAUUUCUUAUGUGAAGUGGAACAUUGUUUUUCAGUAUCUUGGUAAUAAACAUGCUUUUUAAAAAUA